AUGGCCAGAAUGGAGAGAUGUUUACUGAAAGGAAGAUCUAGCACUGAUGGAAGAGGUGCGGUGAUUUUUACAGUAAGGAGAACAAAUGGACACACUUGCGACAAGAAGGUGUUGGUUUUGACAGGCUCUUCACAGGUUCCUGCAGAAGAGAAAUCUGUGAGGAGACGAUAUCGUCGUGGUGCACCGCCACCUGUGGAGCUAGAGGCGGUGGUGGGAGAUGCGGUCGUUGAAUCGAGUGUGAUUGGUGAAAUGGGUGAGCUUUGCAAGCCCUGGAAAAUUGAAAGAACCACAAUCCCAAAUCUUCAAGCUCUUACUCAUUUCGGGACUACCACAAUCACAGCUAGAAAUAUUCAUGAAGUGGAAGCAUCAUAUAGCUUAACGUUUGAUUGUUCGAUAUGUAUCAUCCGGAUGGAGGAACAAUUUUUCAUUUUGAAGCCAAAACAAUUUUUCAUUUUGAUUUUAUACAGAUGAUUCAUGGAUGAUAUUGGUGAGAUGGAAUGACAAAUUCCAAUUCUGUUAAAAUGGAAUGAUGAAUUCCAAUUUUGUUGGAAUCAAAGAAGUUGAUGCUUGAAGAACGGACCACAUUAUUCUUUUAGAAUGUAUUAGUCUUUGUUAGAUUUUGAUUUUUUCUUCCCCGUUUUGAUUGUUUUUUUUAAUUUUAUUCUUUAACAAUAAAUGUAAUUCCUAACAAUUGUUACCC